GUAAUUUUGUCCCAUGUUUCAUUAGCAGAGCAGCCCUGAGGGCAAGAGGUUUCCGCGCUGGACUGUCCUCCCUCUCCGGCCAAUCAUCAGCCGCGCAUAGCAAUGGAUAUGUAAUCUUAGUCCGAUGCUGCUGCUGCUGCCUCCUCCAAUACAGCAUUAUCUGCAGUCACCUGCGACUCCGAUAGGCAAUCAAUAUUGAUAGACUGUUUGUAAGGAUUCUAGCCAUAAGGCAAUACGUCGAGGGGGGAAGGCUGGAAUUAUGAAGCGCUGUCAGCAUGUCUAAGGCCACUGUAAAGAAGCUGCACUGGCGUUCGAAAGUGCAGGAGAGCUUCGUCCCACUGGGCGGGGCCUCGGGAGAGCUUGGUGUGGCCAUUGGGGGUGGUGCAGAUUAUGGAGAGUUCCCAUUUGUCACAGCAGCACCUGGAGGUGGAGCCACAGUUGGUGACAUCAUCCUAGAGAUUGGGGGUACACCUGUUCUGGGAUUGACAUUAGGAGACGUCAGAGGAGUUCUGAACUCAUGUCCACAUCCCAUCCGGAUCAAAACAGUCUUACCAGGUUCAACACUCUGUAAGGAUUUGAGACUGUACCUGAGCAAGUGUUUUACACCAGGAUCCAUGGACAGCCAACUCCAACAGGUCAUACGAGAGAACCUCUAUCUGCGUGCCGUGCCCUGUACAACCAGGCAACCACGGGACGGAGAGAUCUCAGGGGUGGAUUAUAACUUUGUAUCCAUUGAGGAAUUCUUCUCCCUGGAGGAGUCUGGAGCCCUUCUGGAAAGUGGGAAGUUCAAAGGGAACUACUAUGGAACACCUCGACCGAUACACAUUGGCCCCGACAGUCCCCCCAUUACAUACCAGGAACACAGAAACCUCCUGAGGAACUUCCGUACCCGCAGCAAAUCGCUCAGCAACCUGGAGAAGGCAGUGGAGGAAGGUGACAACAGUGAGGAAGACUCUGGUCUGUCAGCGGGGUCUGCGGGAGCCAGCAGUGCCCCUCCCACCACAAUUGUCUCACCUAAUCAGACUUGGGACUUAGGCGGUGGGCGGGAUGGAUGUGUUGCCAUGGAGAACGGAGCACGUGGAGGGGCAUUGCCUGAAAACUGGGAGCUGGCGUUCAGUGACACAGGCGAACCCUAUUACAUCAACCAUAACUCAAAGACCACAAGCUGGCUGGACCCAAGGACUCAGGGCAAAGAGAUUGUCAGCAAGAUGGAGUUACCUGCAUUCACAGAUCAACCAUCUGACCUGAAGGGCUAUUCCAUACACACUCGCCUGUCGAAAGGGCCUCAGGGCUUUGGCUUUAACAUCGUGGGUGGCAGCAGACCUCGAGAGUUCCUGCAGGUGUACAGCGUCACCCCUGGAGGCCCACCUGCACUCAAAACAGCGGACAUCCUGGUGUACAUCAAUGACACAUGUGUGCUGGGUCUGUCUCAUAAAGAAGCGGUGGCGAUGCUGAAAUCCAUCCCUAUGGGUCACAGUGUAGACGUGGUCCUCCGGCGAGGUUACCCCAUGCUCUACAAGCCUGACGGCUGCCCCAAAACCAGUCUUUCCUCCCCCUCUGAUCCUAACAGUGCCAAACAUGCUGCCCCGGGUUCUGUACAGUCACAACCUCAGCAUCCCGAAGGACAUCAGCCUGGCAUAGUGAACCUCAACCGCUCCAUGUCCCACCACAAAAGCUUCUUCCCCUGCAUGCAGAAAGAGUCAUUGGAUGCCAAUGGCAACACAGCACUCCGAUCUUCCUAUUCCAUGGCCAAUGGCAAUGGUGUGGGCGGGACUGUAGGGUUGGGGGCAGUGCCUUCUUCAAAUGCCCCUCACUCAUCAGAGAGAAUGAGCUCUAGUCACAGCGAUACGGAGGUCAGCUCUAUUGUUACGCGCAGAGCUUUCCUUGUCCGCAGCUACAACAACAACUCUCUUCCUGCUCCCUCUCACAGCCACCACAGUUCCAAGUCUUCCGAGAGCAAUCUCUCCUCUACCACGCUCCCUCUGCCCCAACCUGAGGUGGGUCCGACCACCCAGCCACCAGGGGCGCCAAGCUCCCAGCGACCUCCUAUGCCCCAAACAUCUCUUGUCGUCACUACCCCAACCGAGCUCCCACCCUGUGGUUUUAAUGGGUGUGCAGCCAACAACCUCCCACGACCUCAUCCGGGUGGCCUAGGAUCCCCUGGUGCCCCGGGUGGGGUAGGUUGCGGGGGAGGGGGUGAGCUGGUACCUGUGGCCUUGGGCAGGAGCGAGGGAGGGGGCAUGGGUUUCAGUGUGACGGCCGGGGGGCAGGGAGGGCAGCUGGUGGUGGUAAAGAGAGUCUGGGACAGGCGCCAAUGCCCCUCUCUACAGCCAGGGGACGCUAUUAUUAAAAUCAACGGGGCAGAUGUGCAGAACCUCAGCUUUGCACAGGUUCAGCGGGUGCUUCAAGAACAUACCAAACAGGGUGAGGUGGUCUUACUGGUUUACAGAGGAGGUCCUGUCUGCUCUCCGGGCUCUCCAAAUGCCUAUAAGAGACCUCCUCCCUCUCUGGGCACCCCUGAUCUGAUCUCUCCCUCCUCUGAUGGUGCUGUACCCAGCCAGAGCACCCUCUCUCCCUCCUCACCCUCUGAUGACCUCCCCAACCUGGUCCAAAGCACCAGCUUCCUGGACUCAGUGCCCGUGACCCUCACUCUAGAGCCCCGUGACUGGUUAGGUAUUGAUGAUGGAAUGGGUCAGUGGAGCCACACUACUGCCUCUAACCUUGGAGCUGUGUCCAAAAGCCAUGCAGAUGGGAGGGGAGCAGCAUCCUCCAGAGCGAUGGAGGUGGAGUUGAGACGGAGACCAGGGGAGGGGUUUGGAUUUGUCAUAGCUUCCCAGGAUGUAGUAAACGGAUCUUUGUCUCUAGUAUCUCACCGGUUUGUGACUGUCCGUCGGGGGAGUCCAGCAGCACGCAGUGGUCAGAUCCAGCCGGGGGAUCAGUUAGAGGCAGUGGAGGGCAGAUCUGUGGUCACUCUGCCUCACAGAGACCUCGCACAGAUACUGCGCAGAGCCGGCAACACACUCCGACUCACCAUUUUACCACGCUCCAACACUAACAAUAAUCUGCCUGAGUACACUGACUUGGAUGCUGAGAGCCGGUCAAGAAAAGGGCAUAGAUCCAAGCAAAAGGAUUCACAGUUUUAUAGUGUUGAUCUAGAGAGAGGCUCAACAGGUUUUGGCUUUAGUUUGAGAGGUGGAAGUGAGUAUAACAUGGGUCUCUAUGUCCUUGGCCUAAUGGAGGGUGGACCAGCCUCACGCAGUCAGAAAAUACAGGUUAGUGAUCAGCUGGUUGAGAUUAAUGGAGACAGCACAGCCGGGAUGACACACAGCCAGGCCGUGGAGCAGAUCCGCAAGGGAGGAAACUGGAUACACCUCAUACUAAAGAAAGGCAAUGGAUAUGUACCAGAUUAUGACCAUGAAACUGGAGCUGUCUCCCCCUCCUCUCUCUUUUCAAAAGAACUGCAUGUGGCUACAGUAAAUCGCUCUCCUUCGAGAAGCAGCAGAUGGGUGGAUGAGAGUGGACAGGAGAGGAGAGAGAGGAGGGGGAAAGGAAACAUGAAAUCUGGGGGAAGGAGCAAAAAAAGAGGAACGGAGGAGGGCAGAGUCAUGUCUGAUAGUGAGCGAGAAAAGGUUAGCACGAUGGGUAGCUCUCGGUGGACAGGAAGAAGGCGAAAGCAACAGCUGCAAUCACAGAGUUUACCCAGCACGCUGAGGAGCCGAGAGGGAAGACGGAAAGAAGAGGAGCAGGAAAUGAAGAGAGAGGGAGAAAGACGAAAAGCAACGGGAAAAAGCAAGAGCAUGGGGGAAAGACGACAAAAUGUGAAAGCUUUUAGAUUUGAGAGAGAGAACGGUCACCCAGCGGAAGAAGAGAGGAUAGUAGAAAGAGAAAAGAAAGAUAACAACAGAACCAGCACACUGGAGGUCACACAGCAGGCACCUUUCUCCUUCCUCAUGCCUUUGGACAAAGAAGAUGAUGGAUCAGAUGCAGAAACAGUUCGCAGUUUCUCUGAAGUCAGUGUGUCGGCAGCCAGCAUCUCAUUCACGGGCACCCGGUGGGCCCUGGAGCACAUCAACCCUCUACAGGCCCCUGGAUCUUCUACUGCAGCCCCGGGACCCUGGCUAGUCCCCAGCCCUCACAAACUCUCUCAGGUUUUAAAGGGGAAAAGGCUGAGCCGGAAUAAGGGAGGACUGUGGUCCUAAUGCUAUUUCCAUUAAAUGGAUAGUUCACCCAAAAUGAAAAUUCUGUCAUCAUUUAUUCACAUUCUCAUGCUGUUCCAAACCCUUUUUUCUGUGAAACACAAAAGGACAUGUUAGGCAGAAUGUUAGCCCCAGUCACCAUUUACCUUCAUGUUAUGAUAAAAGAUGUAAUGAAAGUGAAUGGUUACUGAGGCUAACAUAUGGAAGAAAGAAACUCAUACUGGUCUGGAUCAACAUGGGGGCGAGUAAAUUAUUACAGAAUAUUACAUUAUGUUGAGCUAUCACUUUAAAGAGAUGAUGACAGAAUAUUCACUUUAACACUUCUCUCUCUCUCUCUCUCUCUCUCUCUCUCUCAUACUCACACUCACACACACACACACACACACACACACACACACAUAUAUAUAUAUAUAUAUAUAUAUAUAUAUACACACACACACACACAGAUGUCAACACAACCUCUGUCUCUAAUACAGCUUCUCUAGCUCCAUCUCUGUAUGUGGUUUUCAGUACACAACUACCACCCCAACAGUCUCUCUUCCAUCCUAAAUCCAUGUCCAGUUAGUCUUGAGUUAAGGCAUUGCAUAAUGAGGAGACCAAAGGAAAGUUGAAGUCAAGAUACUGCAGAGGUCUCCCAUACAGGCCUUUCAAGACUUAGUUUUAUCGCCAUCUAGUGGCCAAUGAGAGACAAAGAGAAAUGCUGCCGUUACAUUUAUCAUUGGCUUGCAUAAAGGUAACUGCAAGGUCAGUUGGUAUGUGUCUAGUAUUCAUGGUGUCAUCAUCGCAUGUGUCUUUUUUCAUAAAAUUAUAAUAUAAAAAAUUAUUUUUAAGACAGGAUUGCUCAAUGCUGCUCACAAAAAUCUAUUGUCCAGGUGUGUUUGUAUGUAAACUCUGCAAGAAAGUAGAUUUCCUGAAACAGGAUUGAUCAACCUUGAUUUAAGAGAUUUUAGUAGCUGCUUGUUGAUUGUGACUGGAUUGUAACCCUCUCCCCUGAUGCGUGUGGUGGUCUUGCUGUUGAAAGAGGGGAGAAGGAAGGAAGAAAACAGAACUAAAGUUUUAUUAUUGAGGCCAGUGAGCCGUAUCAAACCUCUCCAGGUGCCUUCUUCUUUAGCCAGUGUUUACCAAAAAAUAAACAAGAAAAAGAACAUAAGACGUAGCAUAGUAGAAAGUGUGCAACACAAUACUUUUCUGCCUCUUUAAAGGGAUAGUUCCCACCAAAAAUUGGAAUUCUGGUAUUAUUACUCAUCCUCAUGUUGUUCCAAACCCAUAUUACUUACUUUAUUCUGUGGAACACAAAAGGAAAUGGUGAAUGUUGACUGAGGCUAUUCCACAGAUGAAGAAAGUCAUAAUUGUUUGGAACAACAUGAGGGAGAGUAAAUGAUGAUAGAAUUGUAUUUUUUUUAUUAAUUUUUUUGGGUGAACUAUCCCUUUAGCAUCUAUAUCUUUGCAAGACUUGGUUCACGAGUUGGGGAAAAUUCUGUACACACUCUGCAAAACUUGAGCUAAGUGAGUCAAAGUGAAAGAGAGCCAUUACAAGUGCCUCAUGCUAUAUUCCUUUAUACAAUACAUAGACUUCCCUCAAGCUUAAAAAUCAGGACCCAAAGUUUAGAAUUUUUUUCCUUCCCAUUGUGAUACUUUGCGUUUGAAUGCUUUCUGAAUCAAUAUUUCAGACACAUUUCAUUGCCCUCAACAUUUCAGAUAAAAAUGACAAAAACGAGAAAAUGAAGGCCAGUUGGUCCUAAUACCUGAGCCCUCCACCAAUCAGCAUCAAACGUUGUGUGGAAUCUCCAUUUCAGGAGACGAAAAAAAAAAAAAAGAAGAAGAAAAAAGGGCAUUUUGAUACAAGUCUUCUAUGCAUUUUAUAAGACUUUAAGGUUAAAAAUUGUGGUAGAAUUCUUUUCUACAUUAGAUAUGAGAUUCAUAAUUUUUGUGUACUGUUAAUUACACAGGCAGGUUGAGUCAAAACUGAAAAUUAAAAGGAAGACUUUCUGAGAUUUAGUGAUAAUCAGACAUGCUGUACCACCAGCUUAUGCAUUGAUCUUCACCUCAGAAAUGUCUAAACAAUAAGCGCUAUCUCUUUCUGUUCUGUCCCCUACCCAGCAAAGCUAGAUAAGCUCAUCAGAAAGCUGUGUUAGAAAUAUGCACGGUCAAAUCAUCUAGAUUGAUAGAUUAACUGGACAGAAAUGUAUCCGCACCAGUGUCAGAAAUGAACUCCUUUCAUAGACAUAGUUCACCCCAAACUAAAAAUGUCAUCAUUUAUUUACCCUCAUGUCGUUCCAUAUCUGAAUGGCUUCCUUUCUUUUAAUGGAACACAAAAGGAUAUAUUAGACAUACAUUUAGUUUAUUGCAUAUUUGUGUCCACAUACAAUGAAAGGAAAUGAUGAUUGAGGCUAGUAAUCUGUCUAACAUCUCUUUUUGUGUUCCAUGGAAGGAAGAAAGCAAUAUGGGUUUGGAACAACAUGAGGGUGAGUAAAUGUUAGAAUUUUUAUUUUUCUGUGCACUGCCCCUUUAAGGGGUGAUAUUUUGUUAUGUUUUUUACUUUUAAACAGUGCAAACAAAUACUUAAAAUCAAUUUAGCAAAAUUGUCACUAUGGUGUCUAAACCCAUUGCUAGAAAGGUCUAGACUGAAAUAUAAUGUUAGAUUACAUAAAAAAAAAAUAUAUAUAUAUAUAUUGUAUCUGUAUUUUUGUCAUUUUCAAUGGCAUUUUGCACCAAGUCCUUGUUAUUUUCUGACACUGCUUCACAAAGACUUACGUAUAUUAGAAUUUAAAAAAUAAAGAAAUUCUCAAUUAGAUCAUCUAAUAUUUACAAUUAAACAAUAUCAGUUUAGUUUAAACAUGCAGCUUUUGAAAAUGUAAUCAUGUGAGUUUGUUUAUCAUUGGAGAAUUUACUAUGCUGUAACAUAUCAAUGAAUGCUUACAUAGAUCACAUGCAAAUUAUGUUGCCACUUAUUUUUCAUAUAGCAUUUUACUAUAUGAAAAAGUGACAUACAGUCAUUCUCUUUUAAUCAGGGCUCUUAAACAAAUAUUGCACAGCAUUCAGCUGUCCAUCUGAGGUUUAAUCUGAAGCUCACUGAACUCAGAAUCCUCAACCAGCCUGUGUAUUGCUGUAACUCUGUACCUAAUUUUCCCAUUGGCAUCAGCACGUACUGUACAGAACUGAGAUGAGCCUUGUAAAUGUUUUGGAUUUUUAUUUUUAUUUCUUUCUUUGAGAGAUUUGGUUUAUUUGUUUGUUUUCUAUAAUGUUAAUACUGUAGCAUUUUCAUUAUUGUAGCAGAUUUUAUGUGAAAAGUAAGCUUAUUGUACAUAAUUGUUGACCCUGAACAUAUCUAAAAAAAAAAAACAGAACAGAACAGAACUAUAUUCUCAAAUCCCCAAUGUCUCACAUAUCAGAAAUAUACAGCACUGUCGACCUUCAAGGCCGGUUCACAUUUGUGACACGUGCUGCAUUUUAAACCAAUGUGCCCACUGGCUUGACGAGAAGCUUGAUAUAUAAAAUAAUUCUUGAAAAUAUAAUAAUUAAAUCUUGCAUGUCUGUUGUAACUGUACUAGUUUAAAAAGCACUGGCCCUUAUGAUAACAUAAAAUCUACACGUGGCAUGAUACUUUAUAUAGCCCAGGAGGCUCAUCACAGACAAGAAAAAGCAAGCCCUGGGUCAUGUUUUAUACAACAUCUGUUACCAGUUUCUAAUUAAUCAGAUAAUGGUAUCUAAUCUGACAGCUUGAUCGCCCCCUAGUGUCCUUUGUGGUUUUUCGCAUAUUGUGGGUUUGACUCUAGCCAGCUAGCAGUCUCUUUUAUAGCCCUUUUUAUGCAGUAACAAUGCUGUAAAAACAAGAUUUAGUGACACAAGUCACCCUAAGUAUGUAGUCCACAAAGAUAAACAAUAGCAUGCCCAGCACAUAUUGUCUGCCCCAUAUGUUUCCUCUUAUCUGAAACAGUAUACUUCGAUGUUCUGUAGGUUUUAACGUCAGAGAAGUAGUCUCAAAACAUGAGCCAUACUCUGAGUCAAACAAAAUAUUAAUACAAUGAUGCAAUGUUUUUAUAAUACUAUUUGCAAGGUUCCUAGCAUUGCAAAUGUGCCAUUUAAAUGCUAAUCAAUGAUGUCUUACUCUUUCCCUCUUUAGAGAGAAAUACGGAUGGGUCUUUAUGAGACUGAGUUUGACACUUUUAAAAUGUCAAAACAUGAGUAUUUCAGCUUUGGAUUUUCAACUUGAAUAUGCUAUAUUGGCCUUGUAAGGAGUCAGCCAUUGUACAGAACAAGAACAUUUUAUUUGUAAAGAGGAAAGAAGAAAAUGUUAGCGAUUCUUUAUAGUUAUAUUCUAGAAAUAUAGCAUAAGUAAGACAGCUUAGGCCACGAUAAUGAAAGCAGAGGACAUUGUAUCUUUUAAAGGAAGUAACCACUGCACCAGGAGAUUAUAAAGAUCCAACAAGGCCGCAAGUAGUUAAAGUAAUAGUCCUCCCAUUCUGUCAUUAUUUACUCGUCGUUCAAAACUGUCUGACUGUCUUUUUUCCAUGGAACACAAAAGAUUAAUUUCUGUAGAACAGGGAUCGGCAACCUUUUUGAGAUGGAGUGCCAUUAUUUUAUUGGCUGUGCCGAUGCAAGUGUGGAAUCUUAAAUAUUUCUUAUAUUAUGUCAUACAUUUUUCAAAAUCACGCAGAGCUCGUUGAUGGAAAUCUGAAUGAUUAAUUGUGGUCUUUUUCUUAUUAUAUGAUGUGUUGUUUUGAAAGCAAAAAGAAACAAAUGAAACACAGUAUGUAGGCUGUCAUCUGCACAGCCUGACCGAAGCAAAGCGGGCGCAUUUACUCACGCGAUUAACCGAAAGAGAAGUGCUGCUGGCUCAUGAUGUGCGAAUGGCUUGCACUUGCAGCGUGAGUCUCAUCACACUUUAACAGUUUUUAGCUUCCUAUUCAGCUGAUGAAAUCCCGCUGCACAAUCAUGAGGAAGGAUUAGUUCAAGAUGUAGUUUGGAAUGCAGGUGCGGAAUUUAUAUAAAUAAAACAGACUUCUCCUCUCUCGCCGUUGCUGUGGUGCCAGUGAUUACCCAUCCGUGUGCCAAUGCUGGCACGUGUCAUAGGUUGCCGACCCCUGCUGUAGAACAUUCUUGUCACUUGUCAUAUAAUGGAAGUGAAUAAGAAUUGAGCCUAUCAAGCUCCAAAAUGACUAAAAAGAACCAUAAAAUAUCAUAAGACAUCCAUAUGAUGUGUGUGUGCUAUGUUCCAAGUCUACGGAAGCUAUAAAAUAGCAAUUGUGUGAGCAACAUACCAAGAUUUUGAUUUGCUUCUCAUACAAUCGCUGUUGAAUGGCAUCAGAAGACUUGGAAAUUUACAGUAUGAGUCAUACAAAACACUUCUAUGAUCAUUUUAUAGUGCUUUUUUGGUCACUUUGGAGCUUUAGAGCCCCUGUUCUCAUUACUUUCAUUAUAUGGACAAUACUGACCAGGAUAGCCUACUUCAUAAAGUCACUCUUUGUGUCCUACAGAAGAAAGAAUGUCAUAAAAGUUUGCAACAACGGGUGAGGAAAUGAUAACAAUCUUCCUUUUUGGGUGAACUAUUCCUUAAAAGAUUCCUACUCCUUGUAAGAACAAAUCCUAUUCCUUAUAAAAGGAUGACUGCAAGUAUUACAGCCAGGGCUAAAAAAAUAAUUAUUCUGUCAGCUCCUGUGUGAGGUUCUGCUUCCUUUAUAUAACAUGGGUGUCCUCUCCUUCAUUUUCAAAUUGUAGUGUAGACAAGAACAUUUACCUACAGAGAAAGAGUAAGCAGGCAGCAGUGUGUUGCAGAUUUUUAUGUGCCAGGUAUAAAGCGAUCUCCCCGAGACCUCAGGCUGCACGUGUAGCUGUUAUUUUAAUGGCGCCCUCUGCAGAGAAGACGCUGAUUGCAAGAAUUGUAAAUAGCAGUCCACGAGGGGACACAUUGAACACAGAUGUACAGGUUUUUAAUUGUUGCUCUUGAUAUGUAUGAAGAUACUGUAUUGUUUUUGAAUGCAUCAACAGGGAGUUUUGGAUUAUGAAUAAUGACAUGCUGUUAAAGAAAUAAAAUGAAAAAACUGAUUAAAUGAA